AUGCGCAGCCUGAGCCUCUCCAAUCUCCUGCGACACCACAAACACACUGCCUUUGGCCACGACGACUCGCACCUACCGCGACAAAUCACCGAAGUCGCCAUCGACGACUCCGAAGACACACAUGAAUUGCCUGCUCGAAAGCGCCGUGGCCGCGCCCAAAGCACAGCCGGCACCAUCAAAGGGGUCAUUCGCCGGGCCUCUCUGUCCCUCAAAGGCAUGGUUCAUGUUCAUCGUCGACCCUCGGUCACGGCUGAGCCUUCUGAGCUCAACCAGCAGCUGCCCAAUGCCAGACCAACCAGCGCACACAACACCUGGAAUCGCCUUCGCCACGCCGCGCCUUUUCGUCGCUCGAGGUCCUUCUACGGUCUUAAUGGCACCGAGGAUGGCCUCUACGAGCAGCAACAGGUAGACCUUCAGAUGCCUAUUCCUGCGAUGGGAGAUGAGCCCCCCUAUAUCCCCAUGAAUACUGGAGCCGCUGCAAAGGCCUCGGUGGCGAUGCAGAACGACUAUUACAACCGACAGGCGAUGCACGCUCAAUGGCUGCAAUCUGCGAGCGAAGAUAGCAAUGACCGUGAGAGCGGUAUCGGCAUUGUCGUCACUGAGCCUUUUAUGGAGUCGGGUAUCAGUGAAGAUGGAUCUAUGCUAGGUCAAGAUAGCAACAUCAGCAGGAUCGAUUUCAUCCAGGAGCUUCCGUCCGAACUCGCCAUCCACGUUUUGGCCUACCUUGAUGCUACGGCCCUCGCCAAAGCCAGCGUUGUGUCUCGACACUGGAGCGAGGUGGUCCGUAAUCAGCACAUCUGGCGAGAGUCUUGCCUGCGAGAGAUGACCACCACCUAUGCCACCAGUGAGCCCGUCCAGCCCGGUGCCGGCUUGGGCAUUCCCGAGAUUGCUCCCUCCAAGAAUUGGAGGCAAAUCUACCGUGCCAAAGCUGAGCUCGCCCAGAAAUGGAAGGAGGGCAAGGCUUGUCCCAUGUAUCUCAACGGACACACAGACAGCAUCUACUGUCUACAAUUUGAUGAAUAUAAAAUCGUUUCCGGCUCUAGGGACAAGACUAUCAGAGUCUGGGACAUGCAGACUUUGGAAUGCCGUCUGAUCAUCGGACCUCCUGAAGUCGUCAAUGCCCCCAACGUUCUAGAAGACGCCGAGGGCAAUCCCACGCAUUAUGUCAACUUUUCCGACAGCUACAAGGCGGCGCCCUCCACGCCGCAGGUGGCUUCCUUUGCUGAGCAUCACAAGGCCUCCAUCCUGUGUUUGCAAUACGAUGACGAAAUCAUGGUGACUGGCUCAUCAGAUUCCACAUGCAUCGUGUACGACGUGCGCAAUGGAUAUCAGCCCAUCCGCCGCCUUACUCACCACACCGCUGCUGUCCUCGACUUAGCGUUUGAUGACAAGCACAUUGUGACUUGCAGCAAGGACAUUAGCAUCUGCGUUUGGGACCGAGCGACCGGCGCUCUUCUCCGACAGCUCCGUGGCCACACGGGCCCCGUCAAUGCUGUCCAGAUGCGCGGAAACACCAUCGUGUCAUGCUCCGGAGACUUCCGCGUGAAGCUGUGGAACAUUGACACGGGCAGAUGCAUUCGUGAGUUUGUCGGCCACACCAAGGGUCUGGCUUGCUCUCAGUUCUCAGAGGACGGGCGAUACGUCGCCUCGGCCGGCAACGACAAGGUUAUUCGCAUCUGGGAUGCCAAUACCGGAGAAUGCGUCCGUGAGAUGCGAGCACACGACAACCUGGUGCGCAGCUUGCACAUUGAUAGCGUGAGCGGACGCCUCAUCAGCGGCAGCUACGACACCGACAUCAAGGUCUGGGAUAUGGAGACGGGUCGCCAACUGCUCUACUUCCCUCGCUGGCAUGCUAGCUGGGUUCUCAGCGCAAAGAGCGACUACCGACGUAUCGUCAGCACUGGACAGGAUCCCAAGAUUUUGAUUAUGGAUUUUGGCGCAGACGUCGAAAACAUUGAGAUGUUGAAGAGCGCCAACUCCGGCAUCGGCGGUAUCCGUCUUUAA